CCCCGGAGGGGGCGUGGCCGGGUGACGUCAUGCGCCAUGGCGGGGGCUGUGUGCCGGGGUGCGCUGCGGGGUCCGGGCGCUGUCCCGGCUCUGCCAGGGGAGCUCCGGCCGCUUUUCCCGCAGCCUCCGGAGCCCCGGGGUCCCUGUCACUCACGGAGUCACACAGAGCAUGGAGAACUAAAAGCAGCCUUCUCAGUGAAGAGAGGAAGUGAUGUAAGGCUCACUUACACCAUCUCCUCACACACCUGCAGUUAGCAGCACUAUUGUUCCUGUCCGACUCUUCUGUGUGGAAGAAAUUUUGUGCUUUAUGCCAAACCCAGGACAGUAAACUCUUGCCCCUCGCAGGAUUUGCAGCCUUUAAAACAUCAAGUAAACCAGCCAGCCAGCCUCAUUCACCCAGAUUCAUGGACCAAAACACAAACCUUGGCACAGUGGGGCUCUAUGAGGGUCCCCAGCAGGAGUGGCCCAGGCAGGCUGUGUUCCCAGCUGGGGUGGGAGGAAGCAGCAGGGAGCGACAGGCAGUCUGCUCGGCUCCUGCUGCCCUUCCUGCCCCGGGAAGGCACAGGCACCGCUUCCUUCCUCCUGCCUUGUGCAGGGUGAGAACAGCCCUGUGUCGCUUGGAUGGUGUCCAUGCCCGGGUGAGGGUCCCUUCUUCCCUCAUUCCCACCUCUCUUACAUCUCUGGGCUCUUUAAUAGCUGAGCACAGGCAGCCCUGGACUUGCAGCAGCUGGCAGGAGGGGGAUGAUGCCUGCAGAGCUCUGGGAGAUGUUCCCACCCAUAUCCACACAGCAGAGAGGUGUCCCUGCCUUGCUGCCUCGUGGGUUGAUUUUGCAGAGGCUUGGCCAGGAGGAAUCCCCCAAGUUUUAACCCUGGCCUGUGCUUCCCGAAGGUGGCAGUGGUCCAGCAUCCCGAGCAGAGGCAGGGAAGGGGCACAAACCCCAUUUGCAGAGGUGCCUCCUCAGCAUGGGAACGGGAUUCCCAGCUUUUGCAAUGCCAGCAGCUUUCCUCACACGCGCCCUGGGGUGGGAAGGCUGUGCCACAUGUUGGACCGGUUUCUGCAGUUCUUGGGGUGGGAAAUCCACCUCCUGCUCCGGCCAGCCCCACGCCAGGAGUGGUGCAACGGGUGGCAGCUUCAGGGCUGGCGUUUGCCGGCCCUUCCUUGCCGAAUUCGGGAUGACUUUCCCACGCCAGCAGGAUUUGGGGCGUCCCUGCCAAACAUGUGCUUAGCAUGGGAGGUUCCCUCCAGGAACAAACAGGGUUCCCAGGAGCUGCUGGUCCAGUUUGCCUGUCCCUGUCCCACAGAGACCUUGUGCUCCCCAAAACCUCCUGAUCCUCCCGUGACUUCCACCUGUGCCUGAAACCACUGGGAAUGGAAAAGGGAAAAUGUCCUGCAGCCUCUUAGAAUUACUAGCCAGGAAUUUCAGAAAUCCUUCAAUAAAUUAUGUGAACACUUUAUUCACUUCUUUGAUUU